CUAUUCGAUUUUCCACCAAGGGAUUCUUGUUUCGAUUCACGAUAAUAAACAUUCAAUUAUGGCGUCCGGCUCUAGUCUUCCGCUUCCCCACAAAGUCCCUAAGUUAGGUCACAAGAAGUCGAUGUUCGGCUGCCAGCGUUGUCGAGCUAGAAGAGUCAAGUGUAAUGAGCAAAAGCCGAUUUGUUACAAUUGUAAACGACACGAUUUGCCUUGUAUUUACGAUCGCGAUGCAUCCGCAAAGGCUUUUGAAAAGUCAACUCUGGCUCAAUCACCUCCCUACAAAUCAGAGGAAAGCGACCCACCGGAAAGUCGUACGCGUCGAAUGACGGAGACGAGAUUAAUGCACCAAUAUAUUAUUGAAACGGGAGAAUCACUUGCAAUUGAUCUUCAUACUAGAGACUUGCUAUCUCGGAUUGUCCCGAAAUAUGCACUAAAUUCCGAUGCCUUAUUAUAUUCCAUGUAUGCCCUCUCAGCCCUACACUUAGCAAAGCUUGGUAGAGGCGAAGAAAUUGUGGGCGGCGCGGAGAACGCGGCUAAUAUGUAUUACUCCAUGGCCGUGCGGGAACACAAGGAAGAACUGUCCAAUGUCAAUAGAGAAACGGCAGAUGCUGUCUGCUUGACAUCUUGUUUGAUACGAGCCGUAGCGCUUCUCCAGCUCGAAGGCCGAAGUCUUCAACCUUACACACCGCCUUGGCAAUGCUUCGCUUUAAUCCAAGCCUCUACGUCAACAUUUGUCGAGGUGGUAAAGCGGAUGGGUCCAGACCCUCAGUCGCCCGUGUUCCAACUCAUCAAGGAUACUCGCAACAUACAUAAUAACGGAAAACCACCUGAUAUAAGAGACUACGAUAGGUUACGACACUUGAUGAAUCGACCCGAUGAGAUUCGGGCUCUUGAGCCUUGGGACGAGGAUAUCCAAGCCGCCUAUGAAGUUACACUUGCUUAUCUGUGCACAAUCUUCGACUUAAUAGACGAGCAAGCACCGCCAACCGCCAUUUUAAGAAGGUUGAUCAUGUUUCCUAUGUUAGCACGGCGACGGUUCGUCGAACUAAUCCAAGAAGGAGCAUCGAGGUCUCUAGUCAUACUCGCCCACUACUUCGCGCUGUUGACGAAAUUUGAGCACAUCUGGUGGGUUGCUAGUGUAGGGGCCGAUGAGCUCCGCGCAAUCGCUGGUGUCCUGCCUGAUAUAUGGCAAGGCCUACUUGCUUGGCCGUUAAAAGCUAUAGAAACCAAAGAAUUGCAGUGUUGAUGGGCAUACUCAUCUAUUUAACCCCGUCUAUGGAAUCAUUUACCCCUGCAGCCCUGUUGCCGGCGUAAUGCUGCCAAGGUCCUAAUGCUGCAGGAUUACAUGGAGCCAUCGCCAAGGGACCGAUUUAGCGCAUAGCUCUCGCUCUCGUUCUCGCUCUCGUUCUCGUCGUUUCCUUCACCUUCUCUUAAAUCUUAAGGUCAACAAGUUCUCCUACACCUCUACGAUUAGUGAUCUGAAUCUUGGG